AGUGCAGUUUCCAUGAUUCUUGGUGUCGAAAGUGGAAGCCAUGGCGCGGGGUGUAGGCUCCAUGACAGGUGGGACACAUCACCCCUAUAUAUAGUCAAAAGUUGGAUCAAAAUUACUUUAUUCUAGGAUAAUGGUCACCGGAACAAAUUAAGCUCAACAAAUUAAAGUUGAUGCGGCCCAACAAAAUGCACCACCUGCCAUUGAAAAGCUCAAGAGAACAACUGAUCAAAGUCCUCUGCUCCGGCUACUAGGCCAAAGCUGAGUGGCAGGGCGUGCCGGCCUGCAGGGAGAAGAGAAGCAGCUACCUCUAACAGAGAGGCAGGGGGAGCAACGAUGGGGUUCGGCGUGGUGUCCCUGCUCAACGCCGUGUUCCGCCGCAUGUUCACCUCGGCGGGCCUCCGCCCCGGCUCCGCCACCGUCGACGCCGACGACACCACCAUCCACUUCUGGGCCCACCCCUCCCUCCUCCAGCCCCCCUCCUCGGAGCAGCAGCAGCCGCCGCGGCCGGUGGUGGUGCUGAUCCACGGCUUCGGCCCGGACCCGACGUGGCAGUGGGCGGCGCAGGCGGGUCCGCUGUCCCGCCACUUCGACCUGGUGGUCCCGACGCUCCUCUUCUUCGGCGCCUCCGCCACGCGGGGCCCCGCUCGCUCCGACGCCUUCCAGGCCGCCGCCCUCGCCGCGCUUCUCACCGGCGAAGCCCAUCUCCCCGGCGCCGCCGGGCGGACCGUGCACGUGGUGGGCACCAGCUACGGCGGGCUCGUGGCGUACCACCUGGCGCGGGAGCUGCACGGCCGCGGUGCCGCGACGCCGGUGGCGGUGGGGAAGGUGGCGCUGUGCGACUCGGACGCGUGCAAGGGCGCCGACGACGACCGCGCGCUGGCGGCGAGGAGUGGCGUGGGCGAGGUGACGGAGCUGCUGGCCCCCGCCGACACCCGGGCGCUGCGGCGGCUGAUGGCCAUCUGCGCCCACCGCCCCAUCAAGUACAUCCCCGAGUGCCUCCUCCGCGACAUGCUCCGGAAGUACUUCGCGGACAAGAGGGAGGACAAGAUAGCGCUCAUCAAGGGAAUCACCACCGGGGAAGGCUUCCCGCUGACUCCUCUGUCCCAGGAGGUCUUGAUCAUCUGGGGCGAGUUCGACCAGAUCUUCCCUGUCGAGAAAGCGCACAAGAUGAAAGAGAAGCUUGGGGAGAAGGCGACGGUGAAGGUGAUCCCGAACGCGGGCCACCUGCCGCAGCAGGAGGAUCCCAAGCUCUUCAACCAAAUCCUCCUCGACUUCUUGCUGCACCCUUCCACCUCUAACGGCAGCGCCGCCGCCAAAUAGCUCGGGUGCAGCUUUCUGUUGCAGUGUUGCAUGCAUCCGGAGUUACGUUCAUGGAGAUUCUGCCUUCUUUUGUACUUCCAGCUGGUUUUGGAAUACAGAGGGCAAUGCAGAUUGCUGUAUUUUAGCAAGGUGUAAGGAUGAAGGAUGUAGCCUUGCUAUUUUUGUUUCGAUCUUUUUUUUUCUCUCAAGCAGUUGAUUGUUUUCAUGUUUUGGAUUGAUGUCACAAAGUAGCUACACCUAAGAAGGGUCCACAUAUCACUUACCAGUGAUGGGGCAUUGGACCAAUUUUACUGUACAGUAAGAGAGGUCAGCAUUUCCAACACUAUUGGGCCCUCUUAGGGCUGCUUGUUGUGUUC